AUGCCGCCAGCCUUCACGUUCGUCAACGUCAGCAAUGCACCAGGACUUGGGCCUAAAGAGCGGAGAGAAAUGAGGGGCCAUGUCACACAGACCAAUUUCGCCAAACGUAGACAGAAAUUGGCCAAGGUUCAUGACAGUGAUAAGCAAGAUGCUAUCAGAAGCGUCUCAACUGUAUCGAGAUCGAACCGUCAGAGAAUUCAGCCAGAAAAGACAUCAAAUGAUUUGAUCGCUGUUCUUGAUCCUGGCUGUGAUAGACUCCUCACCAAUAUGGUGGACUCAACACAUUCCCCUAUUGCCUAUCUACUCCACACGUUUCGUCCGCUGAUCUUUCCCGCGGGUACUGCUGGCCCUGGUUCGUCUCGAGAGGCAGAAUGGGUCACCCUUCUCCAGUCAGAACCGGCACUAGUCGAAGCAUCAAUAUCUAUUGCUGUCAGACACUGUACUGGACAGAAAGACAACGCAACCUUCCGCCAGGCGGUUUUUCACAAGAGCCGUGCUAUUAAACGGGUCAAUCAGAAGCUAGGUUCGCCAUCAGGUUUGACGGACGGGCUUCUGAGCGCUGUCUUCACCUUGACAUAUGCUGAACUUCUUGAAAGUGACUCCACGGCAAGAAAUGCCCACAUCGACGGAUUGGCUCAGAUGAUUCGUGUAAGACGGUCGACGGGAAACACAGCUAUACCGUCAUGGUUUUGUGACUUCCUUCUCUACGAUUCGCUUGGACAAGCGCUACUCACUUCCAAUUAUCCCAACCAAGCGCUCAUUCAUGCUCUACAAAACCAUGACGACCCAAACGCGACGGAUAUUGCAACUAUCCGGAAUAGUAUUAACGGACUUUGUCUGCUGAUCGACAGCUACCACAAUUCCCCAGACCCACGUUCAGAUUUUCCCCUCGUAAUUGGGCUCGAGGUUGAACGACUCCAACUUGAAAUAGAUACUCUCUUGGGCAGCCAUGAGAACUACGUCCACUCACUACAUGAUGCUCUAAGAUUAUACCUCUUGUUACUGUGGCCAAUGGAGGAGCCUGGUCGCUUGCACAUUCUUGCUGAAGAGCUAAGAUUUGAUUUGUUGCAGCCUCACAUGAGGCUUUGUGCUUCAAUGGAAUUAUUGGUCUGGCAGCUUUUCGUUGGCACGACUGCUGCAGAACCGUCAAGUGAAGUCCGAUCUUGGUACACCACAAGGCUAAGAGAGGUGCUAUGGUCGAUGCAUAGUUUCGGACAGGACAGGGUGCUAGACACUCUUACUCAAGCAUUCACACCUGAUGCGUGCCUUUUGCAGAAAUUCAGGGCCAUAUGGCAGGAAGUAUUUUCUACUUAA